AAAAUCCACUCCUUGCGUUCUCUCGGAAUUUCAUCGCCCCUGCCAGUCUCCCAAGAGCUGCUUGGCAUAAUGCCGCUUGGCAGGAUGGGAUCCAAAGGAACUAACUCUCCAACUUGUUUAGCAUAUUCAUUCUUGUUUGCGUCUAUAAUUGUUCAACUCACGCUUGCUACAAACGAUACGCGACCCUGCUACAACGCCACUGGUGGUGUUGCACCAGACCAUCACCCGUGCGUCAGCUCAGAAACAAAGGAAAUAUCGCACUGCUGCACUACCUGGGACACCUGCCUAGGUGACACACUAUGUUUAAGCCAGUGGGGAACAUUGUACGUUGGCACAUGCACCGUCAAGUCUUGGGAUAGCGGCCGAGGGGAUUGUCCGAAGUAUUGCGCAAACUGGAACGAGGAGAAUCUCCUCCCUGACAUCGGCGUUUGCAACUGGACAGAUGGAUCUAAUCAAUUCUGCUGCGGUGUCACUGCUGUCGGAAUCAACAAGUGUUGCGAGAAAACCUUCACAAUCCAGAAUGCGACAAACCAAUACGUUGUCCAGCGACCCUGGAAUGAAAAUGCCGUCAACACCUCCUCCACCCCUUCCUCAACCACAUCCACACCAACCUCUACAUGUACUGCUCCAUUGUCAGAGAAGGGUGGUGAUAACAAGGGCGCAGAGAUCGGCUUGGGCGUUGGAUUGGGAAUACCUCUGCUCAUAGCCCUGGGAAUGCUGUAUUGGGAACGGAGAAAAAGACGCCAAAUAGAGACGAAGAUGUUGCAACUCAACCCGACGACCCAGGAUCACGAGUAUGUGGGCGUUCCCCAGGCACCUCUCUCUGGCGAGAUGUAUCAGGAUGCAUAUCCUCAUUCCGGAUCAGUGAUGAGUGAAUUACCUUCGGUCUCAGGCCCGAAGCCAGUACAUGAGCUAGGAAACGAUGCGCAAGAUAACAGGUGAUGUGGACCCCUUGAAAUACCUACCCCGAAUAAAUGAUGAAUGGUACCGGAGUAUGUCCAUAGCUCAGCGCCGCAAUAUCCAUAUUGGAGGUUUUCUGGGAUCUAUGCCCUCCAAAUACCGCUUCAUGUGAUGAUUUACACCUCCCACAGAACAUGUCCAAAGAAUCAUGGAACUCCCUGUCGCUCUUUAUUUGCAUAGGCUUUGUCUCCGGUGGGACGGGGCCGUGCGGCCGUGGGACAAUCAAACACCUUUGGGGUUCGCAGGAUAUGUGUGUUCGGCGGCGUGCUCCGUUCCUGUUUCUAUGGAUUGAAGAGGUUCAUCAGCUCCCAUACAUUGAAGCAACUACCAACCAUUCUGUGCGAUCCAAAGAAUUAAAGAGGAAGGAAUGGUAGCAAGAAAGCCAUGGCGUACGAUCUUGGAAGGUAAAUGUAGUGCAUAGCCUGUUCAUUGU